AUGACAUCCUACUCCAACUGGGGCUCUUCAGACAGCCCAGCGUUCCGAUCUACGCCCGUGCAAGGAACUGCCGCAAAUGCGCGAAACGCAGCCGCACCGGGCUGGAGAGUCCGCGCAGAAUUGGAAUUGCACGCAGGAGACUAUGUGAUUGGUUGUGUGAGCAUGAGCGUGGUGUCAAAUCAACUGCCAUGCAAGCCACUAAGACUUGCUUUGUUUGACCGCAGGAUGGAUUGCCAAAGCUGGACAAGUACGUAGAAGGCAGACCAUGCAGAGCUACCUAUCACGUGAAACCUGGCAAUCCGGUGAGGACUUUUGAGGAAGGACAAAAUCUUCUCUUGGCCAGGACCACCGACUCUCUGAGCAGCCCGGAAGAGGACAAGGAGAGCAUUGAAGGAGAAUACGUGAGUAUGCGCCUGCGCGCUGGGCAAGGCUUGAGUGCGCACACACUUGCUAAGCCUACUCGCCCACCCCAACGCAGCGCAUCCGCAUCGCAUCCCGCCGGCCAGGCAUGCAAAACACCAGCAAGAGCUCGGGAACAGCCGGCUUUGGGCAAGCAAGCGGCUCACUUGUCGUUGAACCAGCAAGAGAAGCGCGCGUCUGGGCUCUCGCUACACCAGCUCCGAGAGGCGCGCUUGCUAAGCGACGCCAAGAGCAUUCGCAUCCAAGCUCGAUGGGACUCGACUCUGACCAGAUUCCACCGCGCCAGGACGAGUCUAUUUGCAAGGACGGCAGCACUGCCACGCGUGGACGAGCAACAGCUUCGACGGCAACUGCGCUUUACAAGGAAGAGGCCUCGAACCACUCUUUGGAUGAGCAGGACAGCGACGACGGCGCAUCUUUGCCAGCACCCAGAGGGCGCCUUCCGGUAAGCCCGGUCACAGCAAGACCACAAGCAGACUCGGCAUCGCCAUCCAGGCCGCCGAGCAUCACCUUUGGCAAUGAUGGAGAUGCGCAGAAUUGGAUGGACAAGCACGCCAACGAUUUUCGAGGCCGCGAGGUUGUGCACCUUUUUGCGACCACCAAAGCAGUAGCUUGGUGGGCAGCCAAGCACAUGGCUGGCAAGAGAGCAGCGCUCAGUCCCGCGCAGCUCAACCAGCUGCACGGCACGACCAACAUCCAUUCUGCCGGCAGUGGUUGGCGAGUGCCAAGCAAGAUUAAAGGCGCAACUGGAGAGCUGGCUGCGGGAAAGUACAAGUCGACGCUGGAGGAGUUGCGGACUUGGCUGUACGAGAGAGCAGGAGCGCCAACAGGAACUCCUACUCUGGAUGGCGUGCAGCAUGGAGUUGCUCACCCCGAGCACAUUGAGCGUUGGCCUUGCUUGAAAGCCAUGCGCUUUGACGGUGCAAGGCAAUGCUUUACCAUCAAUGCAUGGAAGGAUCUCCCGCAAGUGGUGCUGACUUGGCGUGGAGCAGCCAGCGCAAACUCACCCGCAAGGAGAGGAGGAGCAAGCGCGGAUUCACCCGACUCAAGAAGAGGAGGAGCCAGCGCGGAUUCACCCAGCACCGCAUCUGCUAUUCGCGGCACGCGAGGGCUCACAACCCUAACCCUAAAGGAAGAGAUUGCAUUUACCUGCUGGGACUUGCUGCAAGGCCUUGGCUGGACCUCGCUUUGCCUUCCCGAUCAAGCGCGCGCACAGCUCCUGCCGCGAGAGGCGCCAAAAGAGCAAUUGCAGCAUCCCUUUCCUCAAGCAGCCAAGGCUCUUUUGCUCCUUGGUGUCCGUAGCAAGGUCUACAAUCCGCGCGGCUUUGGACACUGUGGUUUUGCUGCUCUACGCCACAUCAUCAAAGGCAGCGAGGAUAGGUGGAUGUCGGUGCGCAGGGACAUGGCAGACGCAGCUCAGCACGCACCUCUUGGAGUUGCGCCAUCCGCGCUGCUCUGCAACAUGCCAAAUUGCCAAGACAAGGAGCUUUGGUUUGAAGCGGAUGCGCAUCCAUGGCUUGCAGCGGCAGCAUAUGGCAGGAUUGUAGUGGUAAUCAAGGUAGGGCACAGUGUCCAAGCCGAGCACUUUUGGCCUCUUGUGCUGGACGGCGAUGUGCAUCCAGAGCCAGUUGUCUUGCUCCUCCACCAAGAAAAGGAGCAUUGGUAUGGUGGUGCGAUGCCAAUGUUGGAGGCACUCAAGACUCCACAGUCAAAGCGGUUGAGCACGUGCAAGGAUGCAUCAAUGCUUUUCAAUGGCCGUACCAUCUGGGCUGACAUGGCCUACACUUAUUUGCGCCAAUCUCUGGGUUUUGAUCCGUGA